GGGAUUUGACCUGACACUGAUUUUAUUUUACAAUAGCGUAGACAGUUUAGUGCGUUUUAAACAGUUUCUUUCAAGAUGUUUAAGGUUGAUGAAUCAAAUAGCUACUACUUAAUCUUACCGCCGGAAAAUCCAAGCCAAUCCGGCUCUAGGCAAGAGUUGUUGUGCUGCCGUGCCUGUCUGUCCACCAACGGUAGAUUAUACAAUAUCCAUGAAUUUAAACUUAUUGAUGCUUUCUCAGCCAUCGCUGGGGCUCCUACAGUCAAGGAUCAGCUGCCUCAAUACCUGUGCUCGUUCUGCCGCAGUAUGCUGGUCAAGUGUACGUCAUUCCGGAAGAUGUGUGUCCGAACACAACAACAGCUCCUCGAAGGGCUACAGAAAGGAGAGUUAAAUACAGACUACAUUUGCAAUGUAAAACAAUCUUUACAAUCUUCCAUCAAUUUAAAUAAAAGUGAAGUUGAAACCGCCGACUGGGUCCCCGAAGACACAAAGCUAGAGACACCUCUAACGGACAUAAAAGAUGAACCAAAUGUCGAUAUAGUUGACAUAAAUAAUAUAUUAAAUGAAACUGAUGACGCAACAGACUUCCCUAUUGAUAUAGAUGAUGAAAUUAUACAGGAUGCAUCUGUAAAGGAUGAAAGUAUGUUAAAAAGAAAUAAAAGUAUAAGAAAAACAUAUGGUAAAAACAAAUCUAGGAUAAAGAGUGAAAAUGAUGUUAAGGAUGAAGUUAUUGUAAAUGAAAAUGAUUUGAAAAAUGAACCGAACAUAGUAAUUGAAGUUAACCAUGUGAAAAAUAGAAAUUAUGUUAGUAGUAUACAAAAUGUUAAAAAUUCAGGAAGAAAAAGAAAAGCAAAUGUUAAUAAAGAAAAGGAUAGAAAUGUGAAAAAGCAAAAAGUUAUUAAAAAAGAGGAGAAAACUGAGUGUGAUCUUAAAGGGAAAAAUGUUAAUAAAGGAAAAAGGAAAAGAGUUAAGAAGGAAAAGGAAGAAAUUGUAAAGAAUAAGAAAUUCGAAAGUGAUUAUUCGGUGAAAAUCGUGUUUUUGACCAAGGAGGAGCAGCUAGCCGAAGUGGCAGCUCGUCAGGAAACUAAGAACUACAUAGACUCUCGGUUUAAAUGCCCCGAGUGUUAUAAAGGGUUCGGUAUGAAGGACGCUUUCGAGAACCACAUGCAGCGGCAUAACGCUAGCUUCGGUCCUCACGUUUGUGAGAUCUGCGGCGUCCGUUUCGCGAGCAACCGGCGCCGCACGCAGCACCAGAGCAUGCACCAGCUCAAGAUGAUCUGCACCAUCUGCGACUUCGUCUCCAGGACCAGGUCGCAGGCGAUGCUGCAUCACGGCAUGCAUUCUGGCCGCACCUAUGAGUGUCCACAUUGCGGAAAGAGCUACCAAAAGACAACAACCUACUUCAAUCACAUACGCGUGUUUCACCCCGGACUCAACUCGACGUGCGAGGAGUGUGGAGAGGUCUUUAACGGCGUUUAUGGACUCAAGCAGCACAAGAAACGAAUGCAUAGCAAGAACAUCAAGUGUGAGAUAUGCUCCACGAAGUUUGUGAGCUUAGCCGCGCUGAACAGACACGCGGACACCGCCGGCUGCCACGCGGGCCUGCAUCCGUGCGAGCAGUGCGGAGAGAACUGUGCGAGCGAGACGGCACUACAGGAACACGUCAAGGAGACGCAUACGGAGACACAUGAGUGUGAGGAGUGCAAGAUAUCGUUCCCGAGUCCCGAAGCGUACAAAACCCACUUCGAGCGCAAACAUCUGCAGCAGAAGAAGAAACCGCUAGUCCACGCGCCGCGCAAACAGGAGUCCUGUGAGGAGAAAGGGCUUAUGUGCGAACAGUGCGGGAUACAAGUGCAGUUCCCAUCAGCGCUGAAAAUACACCAGCUGGCCAAACACGAACCGAGCAAACCGAAACCAUUUGCCUGCAACGACUGCUCGAAGAGCUUCCUAUCCAGAGAAUCAUUGAUUAUUCACAUUCGCUCACACACGGGAGAGAAACCAUUCAAGUGCAAACACUGCCCGCGCGCCUUCACAAUGAUGGGGAACCUCAAACGACACCAUAAGACUGUACAUCUGGGCAUCCACGGCAGUUUCACGUGCGACAUCUGCGGCAGCACUGUCACCACCAAGUCGGCACUGCGCAUGCACAUGGAGUCCAAACAUGGCGGCCGCGCCUGGCCGCGCAGCCGCAAGAGGCUCAAACACGAGUAGACUGUGUGUCUGUUUGUAUGUCCGUCUUUCACGGCGAAACGGAGCGUCGAAUUGUUGUGAUUAUUUAAGUGGAGAUAGUUGAAGGGACAGGACUGGAGAUAGUACUUUUUGUCUGAUUAUAACGUUCCACUGUAUUACAUUGGGGGGUGGAAGUUUGUAUGGAGCAUUAAAGUUCCUUUUUUAGUAGAGAUCUAUUUCUUGAAGAAAAGACAGUAUUUUACACAACUCACUAAAAGAUCGACAAAUCAAAGUUAUACAGAAUGAAACAAAAAAUAUAAACAACAUACAUACAAUCUCGCCUGAAUCCCAUAAGGGGUAGGCAGAGCACAUGAAACUACUAAAGUCUCAGUGCCACGUGGUUGAAAGAAAACGAAAAUUGUGACAUUAUAAACAAAAUCGAUAUAUAUGACAAAAUAUAAAACAAUGUCAUAGAUACCUACAAUAAAAACAAAUGUCAGUGUAUUGGGCAUCCACGGCAGUUUCACGUGCGACAUCUGCGGCAGCACUGUCACCACCAAGUUGGCACUGCGCAUGCACAUGGAGUCCAAACAUGGCGGCCGCGCCUGGCCGCGCAGCCGCAAGAGGCUCAAACACGAGUAGACUGUGUGUCUGUUUGUAUGUCCGUCUUUCAUGGCGAAACGGAGCGUCGAAUUGUUGUGAUUAUUUAAGUGGAGAUAGUUGAAGGGAUAGGACUGGAGAUAGUACUUUUUGUCUGAUUAUAACGUUCCACUGUAUUACAUUGGGGUGUGGAAGAAUGUAUGGAGCAUUACGCAAUUUCCUUUUUUAGUAGAGAUCUAUUUUUUUUUCAUGGGAUAGGAGGCAAACGAGCAGACGAGUCGCCUGAUGGUAAGCGAUCACCGCUGCCCAUGGACACCCGAAACACCAGAG